AUGGAAGAAGCUAGUUUGUGCCUUGGUGUUUCUUCAGCUGUGCCAGAAGCUGACACCCAUCUCAACAGCACCAUACUCAAUGGGCAGUAUUCAAUGAGCCAGAAGCUGCACCAGGUCACUUCCCAGCUCAGCCAUGACUUCCCAGAGCUCCAGAAAAGGCAGAAUCCAGAGGAGAAGGUGUCAGCACCACUAGAAGACAAAAGACACAUGUCCAUAGCAAACCAGCCCAUCAGCAGUCAGAUGGCUCUGUUGGCCCACCAGCUCAAUAGACAGGUUGAUACCAGUUUGAAUGGGCACAUAAACCUGCAGCAGUUCUUGAAUGGACAAAACCUAGGCAUUAUGUCUCAGGUGAGUGAUAUAGAGGAUGAUGCCAGGAAAAACAGGAAGUACCCAUGUCCUCUGUGUGAGAAACGCUUUGGCUUUAACAGCAUCCUGUCGCUACACAUGUGAACUCAUACUGGAGAGAAAUCAUUUAAGUGUCCAUACUGUGACCACAGAGCAGCUCAGAAAGGCAACCUGAAGAUACACCUGCGUACUCAUAAUCUUGGAAACCUUGGCAAAGGUCGUGGAAGAGUACGAGAAGAAAACAGACUUUUACAUGAGCUGGAGGAGAGAGCAAUUCUUCGGGACAAACAGAUGAAGAACCUCUUGCAGCCAUGACCCAAUGUGAAAGCACAGUGGUACUCCCAGCCAAUGCCUCUCACAAACUGUAACUUGUCUGUGCCAGCUAAUCACAGCACACCUGAUAUUACAAACCCUCUUCCCUCCCCAAAGCCAGUCAGUGUUCAGGAAGAAGUUGUCACUCAGACAGCUGGGUUUAGAUGCACAUUUUGCAAAGGCAAGUUUAAGAAGAGAGAAGAGCUGGACAGGCACAUAAGAAUCCUGCACAAGCCUUACAAGUGCACCCUGUGUGACUUUGCUGCCUCAAAGGAGGAGGAGCUGAUCAGCCACAUGGAGAAGGCUCACAUAACUGAAGAGUCAGCCCAGGGCCAGGACUCCAACAGGAAUGGGGAGCAGUCCACCAACAAGUUCCGUUGCAAGGUUUGCAGCCAAGUGUUUAGCCAAGCCUGGUUCCUAAAAGGCCACAUGAGAAAGCACAAGGAUUCCUUUGAACACUGCUGUCAGAUAUGCGGGAGGCAAUUCAAAGAGCCUUGGUUUCUUAAAAAUCACAUGAAAGUUUACCUGAAUAAGUUAUCUGUAAAGAACAAAUCUCCUAAUGAUCCUGAAGUACCUGUCUCCAUUAGCAUCAUGUCCCAGGAAGCUCAUACAAGCCUAUAUUCAAGAUAUUUGUCAUGUUUGCAGAGUGGGUUUCUUCCUCCUGACAAAGCAAGUUUAAGUGAACAAAAUCAAAUAUAUAACAAAGGAGAUAUGCCCAUGAAAGAGAAAGAAGUCUUGGGGAAGUUUCUUUCACCCAUUUCUGGCAUUGGCAACAGUAUGGCUGAAGGGGAUAAACAAUCCUUAUUGGGCUGUCUCAAUCUGGUGCCUCUGCUGAAAUCCACCUGCAUAGAAAGGUUACAAGCUGCUGCCAAAGCGGCAGAGAUGGAUCCAGUAAACAGCUAUCAAGCCUGGCAGCUUAUGGCAAGGGGAAUGACCAUGGAACAUAGCUUUCUGUCUAAAGAGCAGCAGAUACAGCGCAGCCAUGAAGACACUUUGGCAAAUGCUGGAGUUAUGUUUGAUAAGGAGAAGCAAGAGUUUGUGUUAGUAGGAGCAGAUGGUUCUAAGCAGAAAAUGCCUGCUGAUUUGGUUCACAGCACUAAAAUGGGCAAUCAGAGAGACUUGCCAAACAAACUAGACCCUUCAGAAGGCAAUAAAGAUUUUUUGUUGCAUGGUAUGAACCAGGGACUCAAUUACAACUUACAAAGUCAUAGAAAUGUGACAGAAAAGCCAACUGAAUGCCUGGACUGUGGAAGGGUUUUCAGAACAUAUCACCAAGUGGUCAUUCACUCCAGGGUCCACAAAAGAGACAUGAAAGGAGAAGAUGAAAUAAUUCAAGGUGGUCUUGAUGAGCAACGUGGGUCUGGAAGUGAUCAAGAGUCUCAGUCUGUCAGCAGGUCAACAACACCAGGGUCCUCUAACAUUACUGAAGAAAGUCGAGUAGGUGGAGGUUUCUCGCAGAUGGGAAGUGCCCAGGAGGACAGCCCACAUCCUUCCUCACCCUCCUCUUCAGGUAUGAUAAUUUCUCCUUCCCUCUUUGCACUGAAAGCUUUGUAG